AUGAAAGCAUUCAGUUGUCUACUUGUAUUCUACAUUAUUCUUUCCAGCAAUUGUCCUGGUUAUGGUUAUCGCAACAAGGAUCCAUGGUGGGGUCGCCGACGAUAUCGAUUUGAUCUGGCUAUUGCAAGCUUUGUGAAGAGUUCAAACCCAGGUUCUGUAUGGUUUACACCUCGAGGAAAAUAUAUGUACCUGAAUGGCAGUGUUUCCGGGCUUCCACGUGGCAAACUACUGGGUGUACACAUUCAUCAAUACGGAGGUCUCGGAAACAUGUGUCUUGAAGCUGGACCACAUUUUAACCCCUUCAAGCAACGUCAUGGAGGACGUACAGGUCAUCCUAGACAUGCAGGUGAUUUGGUAAAUAUUCCAGUUGAUGGAAAUGGUGUAAUGCAUUUCGAUCUAUGGGUUAGCUUAUACGGACUUGGACCAUACAACGGAUUUAUUGGGCGUGCUCUAGUUAUACACCAAAAGACUGAUGAUCUUAGAAUAUUUCCAGAUACAGGAAGUCGAACAACUGGUAAUUCAGGCGCCAGGUUGGCUUGUGCUACAAUCGGAUAUCGUGCUCCUUAA